GCGCCGCCCGCCCCGCGCCGCCAUGGAGGCGGCGGGCGCAGUCGGAAAUCCCGGCCUCGCUCCCGGCGCCGGCCGGCCCCGCUCCCGCUGAGCCCCGCGCGCCCCUUGCGCCCCCCGCCCUGCAGCAUGAGCGGCGGUGGCUCCUCGGCACCCGGCCGCUUCGCCGACUACUUCGUCAUCUGCGGGCUGGACACCGAGACCGGGCUGGAGCCGGACGAGCUCUCCGCUUUAUGCCAGUAUAUACAGGCCUCUAAAACCCGAGAUGGUGGCAGCUGUUUCAUUUCAAGUGCAACAGAAGGGGAGAACUUUGAACAGACUCCAUUAAGACGCACAUUUAAAUCCAAAGUUCUUGCUCGCUAUCCUGAAAAUGUUGAAUGGAACCCUUUUGACCAGGAUGCAGUGGGAAUGCUAUGUAUGCCUAAAGGGCUUGCUUUCAAGACACAAGCAGAUUCCAGAGAACCUCAGUUCCACUCGUUUAUUAUUACUCGUGAAGAUGGUUCACGGACAUUUGGAUUUUCUCUCACGUUUUUUGAGGAAGUCACUAGCAAACAGAUCUGCAGUGCAAUGCAGACGUUGUAUCAUAUGCACAAUGCUGAAUAUGACAUUCUUCAUACUCCACCCACCAAUGACAAGGAGAGCUGCAGCAGCGCUGGAGACUGCAAUGGCACCUCUGUCUCAAAGCUACAGCGAUUUAACUCUUAUGACAUCAGCAGAGACACACUCUAUGUCUCAAAGUGCAUUUGUCUGAUUACUCCCAUGUCUUUCAUGAAAGCUUGUAAGAAAGUUCUAGAACAGCUUCACCAAGCAGUGACUUCACCUCAGCCGCCGCCGCUACCUUUAGAAAGCUACAUCUACAAUAUUCUCUAUGAGGUUCCUCUUCCUCCAGCAGGAAGGUCACUAAAAUUUUCAGGUGUUUAUGGACCAAUUAUCUGCCAGAGGCCAAGCACCAGUGAACUGCCAUUGUUUGAUUUUCCAGUUAAAGAAGUUUUUGAAUUGCUUGGAGUAGAAAAUGUGGUUCAACUCUUUACCUGUGCCCUUUUGGAGUUUCAGAUACUGCUUUAUUCACAGCAUUAUCAGAGGCUGAUGACAGUAGCAGAGACCAUCACAGCACUAAUGUUUCCAUUUCAGUGGCAGCAUGUGUAUGUUCCUAUCCUUCCAGCAUCCCUCCUUCAUUUUCUAGAUGCUCCUGUCCCYUACCUCAUGGGCUUGCACUCUAAUGGACUGGAUGAUAGGUCUAAGCUGGAACUUCCUCAAGAGGCGAAUCUGUGCUUUGUGGAUGUAGACAACCAUUUCAUCGAGCUGCCAGAAGACCUACCCCAGUUCCCAAAUAAACUUGAGUUCAUUCAGGAAAUUUCAGAGAUACUGAUGGCUUUUGGAAUUCCACCUGAUGGAAACCUGCACUGCAGCGAAAGUGCCUCCAAGAUGAAGAGCCUUAGAUCAUGUGACCUGGUUUCUGAUAAAAGAAAUGGGAACAUAGCAGGAUCACCACUGAAUUCCUAUGAGCUGCUAAAGGAAAAUGAGACUAUUGCAAGACUCCAAGCACUUGUUAAAAGAACAGGUGUGAGUCUAGAAAAGCUGGAGGUGCGAGAGGAAACCAGUAGCAAAAAGGAUCUCAAAAUUCAGUGUGAUGAAGAAGAAUUCAAGAUUUACCAGCUGAACAUUCAGAUUCGGGAAGUUUUUGCCAACCGCUUUACACAAAUGUUUGCAGAUUAUGAAGUGUUUGUCAUUCAGCCCAGUCAGGACAAGGAAUCCUGGUUUACUAACAGAGAACAGAUGCAAAACUUCGAUAAAGCUUCUUUCUUGUCAGACCAGCCUGAACCUUACUUGCCUUUCCUCUCGAGAUUCCUGGAGACCCAAAUGUUUGCAUCCUUCAUUGACAAUAAGAUCAUGUGCCAUGAUGAAGAUGACAAAGACCCCGUUUUGAGAGUUUUUGAUUCCAGGGUGGAUAAAAUUAGGCUGCUGAACGUCAGGACGCCGACUCUGCGCACAUCUAUGUAUCAAAAAUGCACAACUAUUGAUGAGGCUGAGAAAUCUAUUGAAUUAAGGCUUGCAAAAAUAGAUCACACUGCAGUUCACCCACACUUGCUGGACAUGAAAAUUGGACAAGGGAAAUAUGAGCUUGGAUUUUUUCCUAAGCUUCAGUCUGAUGUUUUAUCCACUGGCCCCGCAAGCAACAAGUGGACAAAGAGGAACGCUCCUGCUCAGUGGAGGCGGAAAGAUAGACAGAAGCAACAUACGGAGCACCUGCGUCUGGACAAUGACCAGAGAGAGCACCUGGACUUAUCCAUGUCAGAGCUUCAGUUGCAGUUAUGUUUAUACUGGGACCAGCAUGAUUGGCCCUUCGUGCCCUCUGUAAAAUCUGUGUCAGAGCGUUACCUGAAGUACAUCCAAGAAGCCAGGAAUCUGGGCAGCACCAUUCGGCAGCCCAAACUCUCUAACCUCUCUCCAUCAGUAAUUGCCCAAACAAACUGGAAGUUUGUGGAAGGCUUGUUGAAGGAAUGCCGAAAUAAGACUAAGAGGAUGUUGGUUGAGAAAAUGGGUCGAGAAGCUGUGGAGCUUGGUCAUGGUGAAGUGAAUAUCACAGGAGUGGAAGAGAACACCCUGAUAGCCAGUCUGUGUGACCUCUUAGAAAGGAUAUGGAGUCACGGUCUGCAAGUCAAACAGGGAAAGUCUGCUUUGUGGUCUCAUCUGUUGCAUUACCUAGAAAACAGACAGAGAAGAGCCAUGUCAGGCAGCUUCAGUACCUCAGGAAUACUUCUUGAUUCAGAAAGGCGGAAGUCUGAUACUAGUCCAGCCAUGUCACCUCUGAGAAUCUCACUCAUCCAGGAUAUGAGGCAUAUCCAGAACAUCAGUGAAAUCAAAACAGAUGUUGGCAAGGCCCGAGCCUGGGUUCGUCUCUCCAUGGAGAAGAAGUUGCUUUCUAGACAUCUGAAGCAGUUGCUUUCAGAUCAUGAACUCACAAAAAAACUCUACAAGCGUUACGCAUUCCUCCGCUGUGAUGAUGAGAAAGAACAAUUCUUGUAUCAUCUCCUGUCAUUCAAUGCUGUUGAUUACUUUUGCUUUACCAAUGUUUUCACAACAAUCUUGAUCCCAUACCAUAUAUUGAUUGUUCCCAGCAAGAAACUUGGGGGCUCAAUGUUCACAGCCAAUCCUUGGAUCUGUAUUUCGGGAGAACUGGGUGAAACGGGAGUCCUGCAGAUUCCCAGGAAUAUAUUAGAAAUGACUUUUGAGUGCCAGAACCUGGGAAAACUGACCACAGUGCAAAUAGGACAUGAUAAUUCAGGGCUGUAUGCCAAGUGGCUUGUGGAAUAUGUUAUGGUCAGGAAUGAAAUAACAGGGCAUACUUACAAGUUUCCCUGUGGAAGGUGGCUUGGGAAGGGAAUGGAUGAUGGCAGCUUAGAGAGGAUCCUGGUGGGGGAGUUGCUGACUUCGCACACGGAGGCUGAUGAACGGCAGUGCCGAACUCCUCCCCUGCAGCAGUCUCCAAGCAUGAUCAGGAGAUUUGUCACCAUCUCUCCAAACAAUAAGCCAAAGUUAAAUACUGGUCAGAUACAAGAAGCUAUUGGUGAAGCUGUUAAUGGUAUUGUCAAGCAUUUCCACAAGCCAGAGAAGGAGAGAGGCAGCCUAACCCUGCUGCUGUGUGGAGAAAGUGGACUUGUUUCAGCUCUCGAGCAAGUGUUCCAGCAUGGAUUUAAAUCACCGAGACUCUUCAAGAACGUCUUCAUUUGGGAUUUUUUAGAAAAAGCACAAACAUACUAUGAAACCCUUGAGCAGAACGAGAUGGUCCCAGAAGAGAACUGGCAGACAAGGGCCAGGAAUUUCUGUCGCUUUAUCACUGCUAUCAACAACACCCCUAGAAAUAUUGGGAAGGAUGGCAAGUUUCAGAUGCUGGUGUGUCUUGGAGCCAGAGACCACCUUUUGCACCACUGGAUUGCCUUGCUUGCAGACUGCCCCAUUACAGCCCAGAUGUAUGAGGACAUAGCCCUGAUUAAGGAUCACACGCUGGUGAAUUCUUUGAUUCGGGUGCUGCAGACCUUGCAGGAGUUCAACAUCACCCUGGAGGCAUCUCUUGUCAAAGGAAUCGACAUCUGACCUCCUGUCCCACAGGAAAAACUGUCUUUACAAAAAACUAAAAAAGCAACAAGGAGUGAAUCUCGUUAGUAUGCAAAAGUUCUGUCUUGCCAGUACAUUGUAUCGUGAACUUGUUCAUGGCCCAAAAAUGCAACUUUGACUUUUCUUGAAACUCCAGAAACAGUACAGGCAAAUGGAUAGAAGCUGUAAACUCAAUGUAAAAAAGAGGAUUUUGGUAUAAAUCUAUUUUAGAGUUUAUUUGCUGAUUUGCUUUUUACUCACUUUCAUGUGAAAGAGAUAGAGAUGAGUAUUGUGCAGCUUAUUUUAAAGCUGCAGUAUAUCCUUGCCAUAGAAAAUGUGCAGUGAGCCUUUCAGCAUUCUGUGAACUUGCCUUCAGAUAUGCUGUGUGUCAUAGACCCCAAUGUAUACACUCCAUUUCUGCUGAGAAGGUCAUUCUAUAGUUUUUAAACUAAUAUUUUAUAUAUUAACAUUAUUACCAACCUUUGAUUUUUAACGUAUUGGGUCAUGUUCUGCUGCAAGGGAACUACAGAUCUGAUCUGUGCUUUUUUUUAAUAGCUCCAAAGCACUGAUUUGUCAACAAUUUUUUUUUUCUUUAUUUUUGUUGCCAGUAUUAUUUUUAGUGAAAAUCCAGGAGACUGAACCGUGAAAUAUCCAGAGAUCAAAAUAAUAGUUUUCACAUUGGUACGUAAUUGCACAGAAAAAGAAAUUAAGUCUGUUUUUUAACUGAUGUUUUUUAUUUAUUUAACCUAUCAUUAUGUUUUGUAAGUUUGCCUUUAAAAAAUCUUCUAUGAUACAACUGGCUAUAUUAUGAUGCAAUUCAGAAUUUACAGUGUAGCCCACUUAAAUGAAAAACCUGGAAUAAUUGUUCAUAACACAAAAAGGUUUUCCUCUUAAACCAGCCUUUUGAAGCUUGGUAUAUGGAUACUGCUGUUAAUUCUCUUAACUACUAAUAAACAGGGACACGAGUUCCCCAAAUGCCAGGUGACUAAAUAAAGAUCUUUAUGCUCCAUCUGAAUUAAUAACAGUAUAUCUUACUAACAAAUAUAAGGAUUUCUUAAUUUUCUGAAAAGACAGUGGUAUUAAGAUUUUUUUCUUUUCCUUUUGAAUGCAUAUGUCUUGGAUCCUGUUGUCACAGUCUGCUUCGUUUGAGAUGCUUUUGUUUUGAGCAAAGAAACUUUAGUCCGUUUCUACUAUGAAACAUUUUGAAAGCUUAAUUUAUUGGAGAUCUGUAACUUGGCUAAUGCCUAGGGGCAUCUCCAUUCAUUUGAAUCUGCUGAUAAAAAUCUCCUUGAUAUGAGUAUGCGACUUAAGAACAGGCUGAUUUAUCAGCAUCAGAAAUUACUGUACUGAAGUUCAGGGCUGUGUAUUUAAGAGGUCUCCACUGUAUAAACGUAUCUUAGUAAUGUCUCUCUUUUGAGAAGCAGAGUCCAAGUUUUUUGUUUCAUACAGUAUUGUAGCACUUUUACUUUACCUACAGCUUAGUCACAUCUUGUGAUAGUUUUAUUUCCAUAAUUUAUGAGUAUAGCACAUGUAUUAAAUUUUAAACUAUU